AUGGGUACCGAUGACCGAAGCGGCCAGAUUCUUGGCGUGGCUAUUGCUUUCUUGAUUCCCACUGCUCUAUCCACCAUAUUGCGAGUCUACACGAGGACGAAGGUUCUCCGUAGUCAAGCUGGACGCGAUGAUGUCGCUAUGGUGGCCGCUUUUGCACUGUACCUGAUAUAUCUUGUCUGCCAACUCUCAGGUGUUGCACAUGGUAGUGGCAAGAAGAGAUACCUUAUACCGGAUGACAAGAUCGCACAAACCGGUUUGAUGGUUAGUCGCAUAUUUACCUGCGCGACCAAUCGAUUUUUGAUGACUGACAUGCUGCAAUUCAACAGUNACUGGUUCUUUUGCGAAAUCUCGUAUACUCUUGCAACCGCAACUCUCAAAAUUAGCAUUGGUCUGUUCCUGCUUCGCAUCGCCGUCGACCGUACGCACAUCUGGAUCAUCCGCUGGAUCAUGAUCUUCAACGUCAUGUUUGGCGUCCCCUAUUGCCUUUUGGUCACUUUCCAAUGCAAGCCUGUAUCCUUUUGGUGGGAUUUGAGUCCAAACGCUCAGGGCAAAUGCAUCUCUCCCAAAGUCAUCGUCAUCAACACGUACAUCAUUUCGGUCUUGAACUCGGUGGCCGACUGGACGUUUGGUAUCUUGCCGUUCUUCAUCGUGAGGAAGUUACAGAUGAAAAGACAGACCAAGAUUAUGGUGGCGAGUAUCUUGGGGUUUGCUGCUCUAGGUAGCACGGCCACAAUCGUCCGCACCCCCUUCGUCCACACCCUCGCAGACUUCAAAGGCGAAUUCCUCUACAACAACGCCGACGUCGCCAUCUGGACAACCGUCGAACUGGGCAUUGGCUGCACGGCCGCAAACGCCGCCACCUUGCGUCCCCUGCUGUCUCUCUUCCGCUCCCACUUUGGCAUUGCGUCCACACAAACCGGCUCCCGACCUUUGGGAGGCACCAUUUCCAGAGGAGGAGGCNAAAGAAGCAAACGCAGCGACAUGGACGACCAAACCCUCGUCACCCUCGACGAACUGCGCGCCGGAGGAGUCGAGGGCGGCAAAACCGAAGUCAUCAUCGCUGGAGGCUAUACACCAGGCCACGACCUGCCACCANUGCCCGCCCCCGGUCUCGGCGGCGCAUGGAAAACACGAGAAGUAGUGCAGAGCGUGGAGAUACGCACGAGUAUCAGUGAAGGCAGUGAAGGCGACAGCGGCAAGGAAGAAGACGAGAGACGCAUUAAUGGGUCCAGCAACGGCGCAAGGAAUCCGGGGAUUAGGCCUGCGGGGAGGGGAAGACAGGAUACUAUUGGUGAAGAGCAGGAGGGCAGGAAGGCCACGCAGCCUUAUGAGCGGUUAUGA